CCAGGAGUCUCUCUUCCAUCAAUGCCUCCUUGUUCGUGCCUUCAAAUUCCCCAAGCUCUCCUCUCCUUCUUCCUCUCUCAGAAAUGAUACGAUUCGCUUCGAAUCAGUUAAAAAGCCGAAGAAAGCUCCUUCCAGGAAUUGGGCAGAGUCCUUUCAAAACCCUAACCCUAAACCUUGAUUCUCUUCUCCAAAGACUCGCUGCUGCAGAUGCAGCUUUCUCUUCUUCUUCUGCUGCAGCUUCCAACCCUAGCCUUUCGAUAUGGCGAAGGAAGAAGGAGAUGGGGAAGGAAGGGUUACUGGUCGUCCAGGAGCUGAAACGCUUGCAAUCGAACCGAGUCCGACUCGACGGAGUCAUACGCACACGCGUCUCCCGCCUUGUCCGGACCGAUCUCCUCGCCGUACUCGCUGAGUUCCAGCGCCAGGGCCAGGUCUUCCUCUGCAUGAAGAUAUAUGAUUUGGUGCGGAAAGAAAUAUGGUAUCGUCCAGACAUGUUCUUUUACAGAGACAUGCUUUUAAUGCUUGCAAGGAACAAAAAGGUGGAUGAGUCAAUGCGGGUCUGGGAGGAUCUUAAGAGAGAGGAAGUCCUAUUUGAUCAGCAUACCUUUGGCGACAUUGUCAGGUCCUUCCUAGACGGUGGCUUACCCUCCCAAGCAAUGGAGUUUUAUGAUGAAAUGAAGCAGUCUCCUGACCCUCCAUUGUGUUUGCCUUAUCGGGUAAUCUUGAAAGGCCUCAUACCUUAUCCUGAAUUGAGGGAGAAGGUGAAAGAGGAUUUCUUGGAACUCUUCCCUGAUAUGAGUGUGUAUGAUCCACCCGAAGACCUGUUCAACAAUCAGCAAUGAGGGCUGGUGUUGAGAUCAUUAAGAAGGGUGCUGAUUUUAUCUCUGCUUCCAAUCUGCCUGGUAAAUCUCUUGCCCAUAUGUUCUGCUCAAAAGCAUUAUCAUUCUAUGAAUGCUGCUACCCACGUGAAUACAUGGACAUUGGUGUGAGAUUCAUGCCAUCAUUCGGCAGGCUCAGCUGUGUACAUGUCCUAGCUGAAGAAUCAGGCCAAUCUGCAGGGGAGGCUGCUCUUGUACCAAACAAAUGGACAGGAAAAAUGAUUUAAGCCACCAGCACACAUUCGAUGUACUGGCGCAGCCCACCUGAUGAGGGGUUCAAUCUGAAUUUUAGGCCACAGAGUAUACACAGUGGCAGCAGCCGGAUGAAGGGUCUGGAUCUUGCACCUGUGCCCUAUGCUGGCACCUGCUAGUGGAUAGUAACUACUCAGCCUUGGCAGCCUUCCCAUUGCUGUUAUUCUGAAUCUAAAUCAACCUCACCUGCAUAUUAUAAACAGCUCAUGCCCCAAUUGAGCCGUGAUAUCAUGGGAGAAUUCAACUUUGGAAUUUCCCAGAUGAUUCAAAGUCCCAUGCACUCAGGGAAGGUAAUGGGAUCCUUACUUUCGUAGCAAACUACAGGGUUAAUGGCUAGAAUAUUGGGGAUUUUGGAGAUGUCAUGGCUCACUUAUUGUUCCUUGUUAACAAGAGAAGAAAAGUCAGUUUCUUAUCUCAUGAUACAGCCAUUUUCCAUCGCUUUUAUCUGUCUUUUGUUGUAAUACAUUUUAUCCCAAUUUUGCAUUGGCGGGAUCCAUUCUCUAGCUGAAA